AUGGCUGGACAAUCCGAUCCUCACCUCUCUCUGUUUUCAGCUGAAGAGCUUGAAUUUGUAGCUGAGGAUGACAUGGUUGAGAUUGUACCCAAUCUCAAAAUGGGUGCUGUCAAUCUGGUAAUUAAAGAUUUUGGUCCAUUUGCUCCACAAAUAGCUACUCAAGUGCCAUUGUGGUUGGCUAUGGCUUUGAAGAAGAGAGGAAAAUGCUCUAUUCACCCUCCUGAAUGGAUGUCAGUUGAUAAUUUAACUCAAGUUCUGGAGGCUGAGCGAGAAUCUCAGGAAAUGUCUCAAAAAUUACCAUUUUAUUAUGUAGAAAUCUCAAGACGUAUCUUUGAUCAUGCACGCGAUGACAUUCCUGAUGUAUAUAUGGUGAGAUCUCUAAUUGAGGACAUACGAGAUGUAAGAUUUCAUAAAGUGAGGACUGACUUAGAGUCAUUCAAUGGUCGUACAAUUGCUGUCAAGAUUAAGAAUUUGUCGGCAAUGGAGGUGAAUAUUGUUCGCCCAUUUAUUAGAAGAGCUUUGCAGGCAUUUUGUAAGCAUGAUGGUCCAGAGUUGAUACCAGAACCCGAGAGAGUGGCCGACAAAGGCCCACAAUUAGUCAACGAUGCUCCGAGAAGGCAACUGCGACGAUGACAAUCUACAUCUCAUCAAAUAUCAUAACCUAUGGUAUGUGGCUGGCUUUGAGGUGCUUGCAUCUGAAGGUGUCUUUACAGUGACAUUUACUGCUGUGUUCAUCAUGUAUUGGUAUCUUGAGCUGACUCUUAUUAGAUUAUUUCUAAAAUUCUCAUUAUUGUUAAGAAUCAAAACAUACUUUCUUGACAAUUAACACUUAUUUAUGCUCCUUCUGUCACGUAGU